AUGAACAUGAUAAUUGCGCGGAUAACGUCGAAUGAUACAGAUUCGGUGCGGUGUCGGGACGGCAGCCUUCUCUGGGGUCGAUACGUCUUCAAUUGGCCGGAAGAAUAUUUGGACGUCUACACGGAUGCAUUCAUCAAGCUAAUCGACUGCCCUCUCCUCCGUUUCUCUCAUAUCUAUGAGAAAGAGACAGAUUGUCUCCAUUCUCUUCAUUUCUUCCAACAAUUCAUCCAUCACAUCAUUCAAUCCGCUAUUCCAAAUGGAGAGGGACGUCGUCUUGUCAUUCUCGAUAUCUACACUACCCAACAACUUCAACAGGAAUCACUGAAAUGUCUGUCUGAUGAAUAUGAGAUGAUGAUGGGACGAUUGAUCGAAUGGAUAGAGAACAACGCUAGGGGGCAGAGUAUUCAGCUCUAUCAAAUCGGAACCGACCUUGGGGAGCGAGAGUCCGAACUUCUCGGCCGUAUCUAUCCGACGGGUAUCAACGUCAUCAUUGCUCAGAAUUACUCAGCGGAAAAUCAGGUACCAUGGGCUUUGAGCCACGAAGGAAGGACUCCGACGGCGCUGGGUAUUCGACGACGGUACUAC